AUGAGAAAAGAUCUCGAGGAACUUAACGAAAUAUAUAAUUGUCUCGCUUUGCACGCUAUCGCAAAUAUUGGUGGUAGGGAAAUGGCAGAUUCCUUGGCCAAUGAUGUUCACAGGCUUUUAUUGUCCCAAAAUUCAAAAAGUUUUGUUAAGAAAAAGGCCGCAUUGACCCUUUUGCGUUUGUACAGAAAACAUCCAGAUGCAAUUCCUGCUGCAGAUUGGGCUGAUAGAAUUAUUAUGCUGAUGGACGACAAUGAUCUAGGCGUGACUUUGUGUGCCACAAGUUUAGUAAUGACACUGGCACAAGAUAAUCUUGAGGAAUAUAAAGGAUGCUAUGCCAAAGCAGUUGAUAGGCUGUCAAAGAUUGUUGUGGACGAUGAAUACUCACCGGAUUACGUAUAUUAUAAAGUUCCUAUACCUUGGUUACAAAUUAAACUUCUUCGGUUAUUACAAUAUUACCCGGCUUCAGAUGAUCGUGAAACUCGAAACAAAUUGCAUGGCGUACUUCAAAAGAUACUAAAUAAUUCUCAAGAAACACCAAAAAAUGUUCAACACAAUAAUGCACAGAAUGCUGUUUUAUUCGAAGCCAUAAACCUUGCUAUUAAUUUGGACUCGGAAUCCCAGAUCGUCAAUCAAGCGGCAGCUUUACUUGGAAGGUUUAUUACAUCUAAAGAGACCAAUGUCAGGUACUUGGGGUUAGAAACGAUGGCUCAUUUGGCCACGUGCGUAGAUUCAUUGGAAUCAAUCAAAAAACAUCAAGAAACUAUUUUACUAUCCUUACGUGACAAAGAUAUCAGUGUGCGACGUAGAGGGUUGGAUCUUUUAUACAGCAUGUGUGAUGUUACAAAUGCGAAGGUUAUUGUUUCCGAAUUAUUACGAUAUCUUAAUAUUGCGGAUUUUGCUUUAAGAGAAGAAAUGGUGCUCAAAAUAGCAAUUCUGACUGAAAGAUUUGCUACAGAAUAUCAAUGGUACGUGGAUAUCAUCUUGCAAUUGAUAAGUAGUGCAGGCGAUCACGUGGGCGAAGAAGUGUGGUAUCGUGUAGUGCAGAUAGUUACAAACAACGAAGAACUUCAAGAGUACGCCGCAAAAACAGUACUGAUUCAUUUGAAGUCACCUUCCUGUCACGAAAAUUUAGUUAAGAUAGGUGGAUAUAUUCUGGGCGAAUUCGGGCAUCUUAUAGCUAAUAUAUCUGGUGCCACUCCUAUUGAGCAGUUUCGCGCUAUUCAUUCAAAAUUCGGAAUGUGCUCCCUACAAACUCGCGCUCUACUUCUGACCACCUAUUUCAAGUUUAUCAACCUUUUUCCGGAGAUCAAGGGGGAAAUAUUGUCCGUUUUUAAUCAAUAUCGCCAUGUAUUGGAUUCAGAGUUGCAACAGCGAUCCUCCGAAUAUAUGGUUAUGGCAACUAUGCCGAAUGAUGACAUCCUGCAGACGGUCUGUGAGGAAAUGCCACCAUUCCCUGAACGUGAAUCUGCUCUGCUGUCAAGGCUGCAUCAGCAACAUUCAGAUACUGAAGAUAAAAGAACUUGGACGCUUGGUAGUAAAGAUAUAAGCAAAGAAAAAGAGGUUUCUCGGAUAUCCUUUAUAAGUAGGAACAAUUCUUAUGAUUUCAAGGGCAAAAGCGAAAGCAGUGGUAAUGGCGAAGUCGACCUUCUAUCUGAUUUAGAAGGACUUGAGAUAAGCAAAGAAUCAAGUUCUUACACUGCCUCACUGACAACUUCUCAAAUAACUCCGGGAUCGGAAAGAUGGUUAGGAAAAUUAUUAUACACAAAUGAAGGUCUAUUAUAUGAAAAUACGCAUAUUCAAAUUGGCUUGAAAUCAGAAUAUCAUGGUCAUUUAGGGCGGCUUGCUUUAUAUUUUGGCAACAAGACACAGACAAACAUUACGUCUUUUACUACGCUUGUUGAGAAUGUCAAUGAUCUCUUGAUUACCAGUCCCCAAAAACCUUCAACAAUAAUAUCGCCAGUUAAUCAAAUUCAGCAACUCUUUCAUAUGGAGUGUCGAAAUGUUUUUAACGGAUUACCAAAUUUGCGGGUAUCAUAUAUUUCGGGAACCAUUCACACAAUAGUUUUAAAACUACCUAUUCCUUUGACGAAGUUUAUGGAACCUAUUCAACUAAAUGGGCCAGAAUUUUUUGCUAGAUGGAAACAAAUUGGCGGCAAUCAGCGGGAAAAACAAACUAUUUUCAAAUCAGCUAUUCCAAUAAAUAUUAAAGGAAUCCAUAGCAUGAUUUCUGGAUUUAGAUAUUAUAUAUUAGAAGGAGUAGAUCCAAAUCCUAAUAAUGUUGUUGGAGCCAGUGUAUUGCAUACUUCUGAAGGAGGCAUGAUUGGUUGCCUCUUGAGAUUGGAACCUAAUAUUGAUGCACAG